AUGACUCUCGAUUGUUUAUAUAGCCCAUGAAAAGGACGUAUGAUAUUUUUUAAUUGAAAGUUGAAAUUCAUCGUGAAAUAAUGAUUUCUUUACGAAAUUUAACCCGAAUUCAAAAGCUAUUGGCUUUUCAAAAUGUGUCAAGAUUAGCGCCAAUCAUUUCAAAUUCGUUAUUAUCCAAUCGAGAAUGUUCAAACGUAGCGAAAAAUACAAACGACAAACAAAUAAAACCUACUUUCUAUGCAAUCGAUGAAGAAAAGAAACAAUUUUUGACUAAUUUUGCCACCUAUUUGGCUGAAUGUAUGCCAAAAUAUGUUGAAAAAAUGCAAAUGACCCAUACGGGAGAAUUAGAAAUAAUGGUUUGUCCGGAAGGAAUCGUCACUGUCAUGGCUUUUCUCAAAGAUAACCAUGCUGCCCAAUUUACAAAUUUGUCUGACAUUGCUGGCGUCGAUUAUCCAAGCCGCAAGAAUCGUUUCGAAAUCGUUUAUAAUCUUCUUUCAUUGCGAUAUAAUGCACGUAUUCGUGUUAAAACUUAUACGGAUGAAAUGACACCAAUCGAUUCGAUUUGUCCAGUAUUCAAUGCUGCGAAUUGGUACGAAAGAGAAGUGUUCGAUAUGUAUGGCGUUUUAUUUCAUAACCAUCCUGAUCUCAGGCGUAUUCUAACCGACUAUGGUUUCGAAGGAUAUCCGUUUCGUAAAGAUUUUCCUCUUUCUGGAUUUGUCGAGUACCGAUACGAUGAUGAUAAAAGACGUAUUGUAAUCGAACCAUUGGAACUGACACAAGAGUUUAGGAAAUUUGAAUUACAAUCACCAUGGGAAACAUUUCCUGCGUUUAGAGAAACAUCGCCAGUGCAAGAAAUCCCUUUACCGGAAACCAAUGAUAAUAAAAAAUAGACACGCCAUGAAUAAGUAGAAAAUAAAAGAAAAAUUAUUCAUUUUGA